AAACAAGCCUCACGGCUCAUCUUCGUAUUAGUUAGCACUGUGUUAGUUCAAAAGGACAUGACAACACGCAAAUAAAUGGAACUGGCUGUGCGGAAGAUUUAAAUAUAACGGUGGUUAGACCCUCCCAAAAAAUGUUUGUUGCAACCGUCCUUGGCUAUAAAAAUGUAGAAAACUUAAUUACGUUUCUCGUCGUGAACGUCCUAAUAGUUAUAGCUCUCCAAGAGGAACUAAACGAGGACAGCCUUGAAGUUAUUCCUCAAGUUUUCGAAGGUAGACAAGACAAGCCCGAAGAAAAACUCCUCGUAAUUGAAGGCGGCCACUCCUUCAGACUGAGGAAGGCUUCUGUGCUCGCUGAUAAUCUUUUACUUCGUGAUAAUACUGAAGAAGGUGUUCAUGAAAGAUACGUUGACGGAACCGACUAUGAAGCGCAUUUAUACGAGGAUGAAAGCAACAAAGCCUCGUUGAUCAUGGAACCUCAAGCAAGAGGCCAUUAUCAUAUAACUGGUCGUCUGAAUGAUACUCACCGUAUCGAGCCAGUGACAACUAUACAGAGAUCCGACAGAACUGCGCACAGGAUAUCCAAGAUUGUAAGUGACAGUGGGACAUGCGAUGCUGUAGGAGUAGGUGGGAGCUGGUUUUACGAAGAGAAGCUGUCUGUGAUUGAAGCCAGACAUCUGCCAUCGAACUUCACUAUUGAGGUCUACCUCAUGACCGAUUUUAUGCACACAAAAUACUUCGGUAAUCGUCAGAAGCGUAGAGUUAUGUACGCCGCAGCGUUAAUGCAUUCGGUGAGCCUUCGCAUGCGGCAGCUUGAGCCCCCUGGUAGCAUAAUUGUAACGGCCAUCGAAGCAUCUUUCACUCAAAAUGAGCCAUACGUGAGCUUGUGGAAGAAGGAUCUUCUUGGCUUAGAAACAUUGAAGAAGCUACAAGAAUACAUGGUGACCAAGCCACUGAUGGCCAACGCAGACUUGGUGUAUCUUUUAUCAGGGCGAGAUAUGAUUAAGUUAGUCAAUGGCACCAGGAGUUCCGCAGUUGCAGGCAUGGCCUUCACGGGCAAGGCCUGCAGGACCCACAAGGUUGGAGCAGGAGAGGACAAGCCCGGAAUGUUUACGGGAGUGCAGUACACUGCGCACGAGAUGGCACAUCUGCUUGGCUCUGAUCAUGAUGGUUAUACCACCUCCAAGAACUGCAAGGCAUCGGACGGCUACCUGAUGAGCCCCCAGGCAGGAGGGCCGCGCUCCUUCAUGUUCUCAAAGUGCAGCAAGAGCGCCAUAAAAACAUUUCUGAAAUUACCAAGUUCUGCGUGUCUCUUGACAAACACGAAUCAGAAUCCACAAGUAACCAUACUGCCUGACCAAGCACUGAAACUGCCUGGAGACAUCAUGAAUGGGACGCAGUACUGCAAGAAGUAUUUACCUGCGUACCCGAAUGCCUCCUAUGCUGAGCGGGAUUCUGACCUGCUUCAAUGCAAGUUCCGGUGCCGGUUGAAGUCAGAAGGAGGAUUGUCAUAUUACACGGUCCAAGAAGCACUCGAUGGGACCCCUUGCAACAAAUCUAAUUCAAAAAUGAAAUGCAAGGAAAGCGUUUGUAUGGAAAGUUGAUGGUGGCCAGACAUAAAAAAAAUAUCCAGUGCCAGAAACUAUUCCAGUUGCAGUUUAUGGUUAAAAGAAACUGCACUCAAGUGAUACAGUACAAAUAAAGAGACGUUCUCGUUUC